AUGUGCAGAAACUACUGCUAUUUAAACGUCUGCGGGCAUUGCCUAAAGCUCGUGAGCACAGUUGAGCCGGGCGAGAUCGAUCCGAUUACAGGAUCCCGAAACAUGGCCGGCUCCCCGUGCCUUGAAGCGCAGAAUAAUGUCAUCCGAAGCGGUGGGAGAAACACGUCGGAGGAUGUUUUUUAUGGGUCGGCAGAGUAUGCUAGAUAUGUCGAGCGCCUGGAAUGUGGGCAUGUAGAUGAAGGUGACGACCAGCGCAGAGUCAUCAAUCUGUCCACCUACUGCCUCCCGGAAUGUGCCGAUAAACAUAAGAGCUAUUUACCGCAGGUGAACAAGGAAUCUCCGCUGAAAGAGGUGCAUUUCCCAGCAGCGAGCUCCGAUAUCACGUCGGCCGUGGUCGCCGUCAAUCACAGACAUAAAGAUCAAGCUCGUACGCACGCUGCAGGUCUCACAGAGGUCCGGAAGGUGGACUACUGUGCAUUGCAGCGUUGGUACAAUUUAUACAGCGGCGGCGAAGCGGAGGAGAUACGUAGAUCAAAGCAUGGGGAGAGCUUCAUCGAAAUUGUGAUACCCAGGAGGGCCUUGCUGUUCAGAUACGCCCUAACGUGCGGAAUCCGUCGUUGCUGGGAGUCAUGCCACUCAGGCGACUGGAAGAAGCCCAAGGACUGGGCAGAUUUCUCAGACAGUGGUGGUGACGGCGAGGAGUAG